GUCCGACAUCACAGUCGAUCCGUUGCCGUUUGAGGAAGUUGCAUUACCUGCUUCCACCGACAACCGACUUUUAGCUCUCUUUGUCCUUUAAAGUUCAAGAAAAACUACUUUUUUAUCAAAAUGCGUGAGUGUAUCUCAAUCCACGUUGGACAGGCUGGAGUCCAGAUUGGUAAUGCCUGCUGGGAACUUUACUGCUUGGAGCAUGGCAUCCAGCCUGAUGGCCAGAUGCCAUCUGACAAGACCAUUGGCGGAGGAGACGAUAGUUUCAACACCUUCUUCAGUGAAACAGGAGCUGGUAAACAUGUUCCAAGAGCUGUUUUCAUUGACUUGGAGCCUACAGUAGUUGAUGAAGUUCGCACUGGUACAUACCGUCAAUUGUUUCAUCCUGAGCAACUGAUUACUGGCAAGGAGGAUGCUGCUAACAACUAUGCCCGUGGUCAUUAUACCAUUGGAAAGGAAAUCGUCGACUUAGUUCUAGACAGAAUUCGCAAAUUGGCCGACCAAUGCACUGGUCUCCAAGGCUUCUUGAUUUUCCACUCUUUUGGUGGUGGCACUGGUUCUGGAUUCACAUCCCUUCUUAUGGAGCGAUUGUCCGUUGACUAUGGCAAGAAAUCGAAACUUGAAUUUGCUAUCUAUCCAGCUCCUCAAGUCUCCACCGCCGUUGUUGAGCCUUACAACUCCAUUCUGACCACUCACACCACUCUGGAACAUUCAGACUGCGCUUUCAUGGUCGACAACGAAGCCAUUUAUGACAUUUGCCGUCGCAAUUUGGACAUCGAGCGCCCAACCUACACCAACCUCAACCGUUUGAUCGGUCAAAUAGUCUCGUCGAUCACUGCUUCUCUUCGUUUUGAUGGAGCCCUCAACGUCGAUCUAACCGAGUUCCAGACCAAUUUAGUUCCCUAUCCAAGAAUUCACUUCCCUCUGGUCACCUACGCGCCAGUCAUCUCUGCCGAAAAGGCUUACCACGAGCAGCUUUCCGUUGCGGAAAUUACCAAUGCAUGCUUCGAGCCGGCCAACCAGAUGGUCAAGUGCGACCCACGUCGUGGCAAGUACAUGGCCUGUUGUAUGUUGUACCGUGGUGACGUUGUCCCGAAGGAUGUUAACGCAGCUAUCGCUACCAUCAAGACCAAGAGGACCAUUCAGUUUGUUGACUGGUGUCCCACUGGAUUCAAGGUUGGUAUCAAUUAUCAGCCACCGACUGUUGUACCUGGUGGAGAUCUCGCCAAGGUACAACGUGCAGUGUGCAUGUUAUCAAAUACAACCGCCAUCGCCGAAGCCUGGGCCAGACUUGACCACAAGUUCGACUUGAUGUACGCCAAGCGUGCUUUUGUCCACUGGUACGUUGGUGAAGGUAUGGAGGAGGGUGAAUUCUCUGAAGCCCGUGAGGAUUUGGCUGCACUCGAGAAAGACUACGAGGAAGUCGGCAUGGACUCUACCGAGGGCGAGGGCGAAGGCGCCGAAGAGUAUUAAAUUCAAAAGUUUUGAAAUAUCAAACGACAAAAAAGAAAUAUUUAAUCAUCAAAAAAAGUUUUCUGCAAUGCAUUUUUUUUUACUUCAUUUACACCUCUGAGACAUUCUGUAUUAUUUUUUUUACUCGUUUGUGCAUACAAUAAAUUCGAAACUUAAUUCAAGCAUACAUAA